AUGAAUGUGUUUGACUUCACAGUCAUCUGCGCAUUUCUUCAACUGGGUUACCAAAACCCGCUCAACUCCUGGACUCUCAAGCCUAAUGUUCUGGUUGUGGAGGUAAAUGAUGCAUUGGGCCAUGAAGCGCUCAAGUGCCUGCACUCAGCAGAGGAAGUAAUGAGAGGUGAUGACAAGGAUAUAUUGUGGAAGAAGAACGGUGCAGAGGAAGCACAGAGGGGUAAUUCAUACGUGGUGCAGCUGGAGGAGAGUUUAGGAGGAGGCAACUAUAGCUGCUACGGCAAGAAUGGGACUCUCCUCAAUCACACUCUCGUUCUGAUUCAAGAGAGUAACACCAAGAGAAGGAAGAUUCUAGUGAAAACCGACCUGGGGGAUUAUUUAAAGUGCUCAACUCAAAACUUUGAGGGAGCAUUCAGCUGCUCUUGGACCUGGCACAGCACUCGUGUUGGAAAAAUAGAACUUAUCAGAGCUGGACGGUAAGCUCACACACUGAAUAUCCAUUGUUCAGUGGACACCAGUAGUCAUCACUGGACAUGCUCCUUCGAUGAGUUCAGCUGCUCAGAGGACGUCACUGGACGCGGGAUCUCCUGUGUUGAUCAGAGGUACUGCGCCUCUGCUCAGGAGAACCAUCGCAUCCACAUCACAGUCUACGUGAGGACUGAUCAUUUCCUGGUGGAGAGCUACUCCAAACACUUCUAUCUGUCUGACAUAGUGAAACCUGACAAAGUGAGGAUCAGUCGAGUCAACACGUCAACGAUUGAAUGGACUUACCCGAGCUCCUGGAGCAGUCCCUACUCUUACUUCCCCCUCACUUUCCAGGUCUUACAGCGCAGACGUGGGUGCAAAAGAUGUGACAAUCCCUGCAAUGACUCAGCCGGUGCAAAGACCUCGACGAUGAACUCCUUGGGCACUUGUCAGUUUGAGGUCAAGCGCAAGUCUUGGACUGUUUGUAUUCGGGCCAAGGAUGCCCUAUGUAACUCUCAAUGGAGCGAAUGGAGCCACCUCAGUACUGAUUGAGGAACGUACCAGCCAGCUGAGCAGAGAAUUUGUCUACUACACAAAAAGAAACUCCUGCACUGGACAUGUCUAACAGCAAUAUUUAUUUUAUUUAUUACAUCUGUGUAUUUGUUUCCACUACCUGU